AUGGCGACACCCAAAGCGGAAAAAGAUUUGCAUUUGCCUCUGUCGAGAGUAAAAACUAUUAUGAAAAGUUCUCCCGAAGUGGAUGCGGUUGGACCGGAACCUCUUUACUUAGUCACAAAAGUAACAGAAUUAUUUGUAACAGAUUUAGCAAAGAGAGCAUAUAAAAACAGCGAAAAAAAUUUUCUGGAAUACAAACACAUAGCUGAAGUAGUCCAACAAGAUGAUACUCUGGAUUUUUUAAGAGAAAUAAUGCCUCGAAAGAUCACAGUGCGUCAGUUUAAAGAGAUGAUGGCCAAAAAAGCUGCAAAAGCAAAUGACUCGGACGAGACGAGUGAAGAAUCUAGUGAGGAGGAAAGUAGCGAUGAGAGCUCUAGCGGUAACAGCAAUAGUAAUCAAGAAAACAAAAGUUAA